ACCCGCAUCCGCUGUAUUAAAGAAGAGACAGACCAGUGCGAUAACCUCAACAAAGCCUGUGACUUCACUGCCUGGAUGCCCCUCUGCGUAGACAUCAAGCACGCGGUCUGUUUCGUCGCUGACGAAGAUCGUUGCUCAGAUGAUGCAAAAGAAUGUGACGCCUCUUACGGACCCGCCAUCUGCAUCGAUAACAAUCGCACCACCUGUGAGAAGCAACAAAAUGAAGCAUGUAAGAAAGGGAGUACACAGUGCGACUUCUCUGCGAGCGCAGCCACGUGCGUAGACAAGAAUCGCACCACGUGCAACGAAACAGAGAAGAAGCGAUGCAGGGAACUUGGAAAAGCAUGUGACUUCACUGCCGCUAAGCCUCUCUGCAUAGGUGACAAACGAACCAAGUGUAACGAGCAGGAAGAGAAGGCUUGCAAGACCAUUGGAAUGGAGUGCGACUUCAGCCAUGGCAAACCGAUCUGCAUCGAGAACACAGACUCAUCUUGUGAAUAUUUUUCGAGCCCCUAA